AUGGUGGUGUUACAUGAUUCAGCAAUACGACGUCGUCUCAUUUCUAUCAAUGGUUUAAGCGUGAAAUAGUCGGAGUUCUGGCCGUUAAUGGCGAGCUACAAGAUUCUCAACCGCCUCCGCCGAUCUAUUCAAGCUAACUAUCUCUCUCACAAGCGUGAUUACCACCUUCUCAACAUUCUUAACUCUAAUUCUAGCUCCGUCACUUAUGCUCUUCCGUUUUCUUCCCACCUCGGCAAACCCAACCUCCCGUUAAAAAAUCCGUACUCGUUGUUGCUCAACUCUCGAGCUAUUACCACUCAGUCUGAAGAUGAUUCGGUGCUUGGAGAAGCUCGAGCUGUUGAUAGCCACCACUCGAUCACUGUCUCGCCCGAGUUGAUUGCAGAAUCCAAUGUUAUUAUGGACGAAGCUUUAUCAAUUAGCUGUGAAGAGUCAAUGCUUCCAAUUCGUUUAGUGAGCUCAAUGCUUGAUGGAUUUCAUGAAUUUAGUGGCUUGCCAUGGUGGGUAGUUAUUGCUUCCUCCACAUUGGCUCUCAGAGCUGUUCUGUUCCCUUUGCUUAUAUUUCAGCUUCAUAAGUUGAAACGAAUUGGAGAAUUGUUUAAUAAAUUGCCAUCCCCAUUUCCAGAGCCUUUAUCAGGAAAAGGUUAUAUUCAUCAUCUUUCACACUUCAUGAAGGAAAAGAAAGCCAUUGGCUGUCCCUCAUUUUUAUGGUUCCUUCCAUACGUCUGUGUCCAGGUGCCCUGCUUCUUCUUGUGGAUGACUACUGUACGAAGAAUGUCGCUGGACCAUCACCCUGGGUUCGAUUGUGGGGGUGCAUUUUGGUUCCAGAAUUUGACUGAAUUUUCUCAUGGGAUUUCAGGCUCCAUAUUCCCUGUAGUAAUUGCUGGUUUGCACUAUACCAAUGUUCAGAUUUCCUUCAGAAAAUCUUCAAUUAAAAAGGUCACCAGCCUGCUUGACUUAUUAGUAAAAUACUACAAGCACUACUUGGAUUUCUUGACACUACCUAUACUCUUAAGCUGUUAUUUUGUUCCUCAGGGAAGUCUUGUCUAUUGGGUCACAAAUAGUUCACUAACUGCUAUACAGCAAUUAUCACUCAAAAAUCCUGAUGUACUUGUAAAGUUGGGUUUAUCAGACAAGAUUACUUCUAGCUCAGCUGCACACUCUGGCAUUAGUAUUCCUCCUAUAACAACCUUAAGUGAAUCUAAAAGACUGCAAAAUGUAUUUUUGGAAGACCUCUCCCCUACACCCUCAAGAAAAUCUGGAAAACACAUGGAAGUAUCUUUGGAAGACCUAUACCCUAAGGAACUUCUUAACCUUUCCGUCCAACUAUUAUCACAACAACAUAUUGAAAGAGCAAUUCCUAUAAUGCAACUGGCACUUUCCAAGGACCCUGAUUACACACAAUGUUUGGUUCUCAUGGGUCAGAUUCUAAUGCAGAAAGGAAUGCUUACAGAGGCGAUUGAGUAUCUGGAACGUGCUAUUUCUAAGCUCUUGCUUGCUGAAGAGCUAACAGAAGUGGAGGAAAUCGAUUAUUUAAUCUUUGCAUUGCAAAUGGCGGGGUCUCUCUAUAUUUGUCAGGGGAAACUUAAGGAAGGGCUGGUACACUUGGAAAGGAUCGGAAGGUUGAAAGAACCAGAGGACCCAAUUAGCAAAACUCACUAUUUUGAUGGAAUAUUAAAGCUUUCAAGCGCUUUAUACAAUGUGGGGCGCAGAGAUGAAGCUGCAUAUUAUCUUCGAUUAGCUGCUGCAUAUAAUCCUGCUUUCAAUAUAUAUUUGGAGCAAUGUGAAAAUGACGAUGACUCUUUGAUCAGUGAUCUUGCCAAAAGUAGACGGCAAGAUUAUUGACUUUUACGUACUCUUUUUUCUUUUAUUGCUUGCUUUUUCUCAUUGAAUAGUCAAUACUAUAACUUACUAGAUUUUUUUUUUUCUGAUUUAGUUUCUCAAGUAAAUAUAUGCGUGUCAGUGUGUGCUCGUGGGAAUUUCACAAUUUAGAUUUUCUAUUAAUAAUGAAAAUUGCGUAUCUAUAUUAAUAAUUUUCUCAAUGUAAAUUUCACAAUUAUACAUUUCUAUUUUAAUCACAGUCGGCAUGUUCAGUUAAA